AUGGACUUCUUGAUGAGUGGCCUGGCAGCCUGUGGGGCCUGCGUGUUCACCAACCCCCUGGAGGUGGUGAAGACCAGGAUGCAGUUACAGGGAGAACUGCAGGCCCCCGGCACCUACCAGCGGCACUACCGAAACGUCUUCCAUGCCUUCUUCACCAUCGGCAAGGUGGACGGCCUGGCUGCCCUGCAGAAGGGCCUGGCCCCUGCCCUCCUAUACCAGUUCCUGAUGAAUGGCAUCCGGCUGGGCACCUAUGGGCUGGCUGAGGCUAAGGGCUACCUGCACACAGCUGAAGGCGCCCACAGUCCUUUCCGAAGCGCAGCAGCUGGGGCGUUGGCUGGGGUCCUGGGAGCCUACUUGGGGAGCCCCAUCUACAUGGUGAAGACACACCUCCAAGCACAGGCAGCCUCAGAAAUUGCUGUAGGGCACCAGUAUAAGCAUCAGGGCAUGUUUCAGGCGCUAGCCAGGAUUGGCCAGAAACAUGGUCUGGUGGGGCUGUGGCGUGGGGCCUUGGGCGGCCUACCCCGAGUUAUCGCCGGUUCCUCCACCCAGCUGUGCACCUUCUCAUCCACCAAGGACCUUAUAACCCAGUGGGAGCUAUUUCCUCCCCAGAGCUGGAAGGUGGCUCUGGCAGCUGCCAUGGUGAGUGGCGUUGCGGUGGUCCUGGCCAUGACACCCUUUGAUGUGGUUAGCACAAGGCUCUACAACCAGCCCACUGACACUCAGGGCAAGGGCCUCAUGUACCGAGGGGUGCUGGACGCUCUGCUGCAGACGGCUCGGACGGAGGGCGUUUUCGGCAUGUACAAGGGCAUCGGAGCCUCCUACUUCCGCCUCGGCCCGCACACCAUCCUCUCGCUGUUCUUCUGGGACCAACUUCGCUCCCUCUACUACGCGUACGCCAAAUAG